GGUAAUGCUGUCUGUAAGACGAAUGCGCGUGCCAGAUUUUUGUGCACGCGAGGCCACGCCCAUUUACGCGAAUUUAUUAGGAUGCUUUAAUAAUCACUGCGUGAAACCGUUGCAUAGUUAAUCGUCACGAUCGGCCCCAGCCUGCCCUACUGGUGGGAUCCACUUUACUGCGAACUACAUUUCCCAUCAUGCAACGCGGUCACGUUGUUGGAACAUACGUUCAGCAGCAGGUAAACAAGAAGAGUGAGAAGAGAGAGAGACCCCAGUGAUAUGUGACAACAGCGGCGGCUUUUGAUCAUGGUUUGCACGCCGCGCAUCGCGAGCUAGCGUUAGUUCUCGGGUUACACCACGACUUCGCUAAACAAUGUAACUAGUCGCUGAGUAUGGCACGACACGGGGGUUUGUAUUUCUAUGCAUCUGUACCUAUUAUUGGUUGAUCCGGAGCAGCAGUAGAGCAGCAGCAGCGUCAGUCCGGUGUUCUGUCGAAUUGCGUUACUCUGUCAAACCGUGCUACCCUACCCUAGUAUAUUUAACUGCAAAAAUACAAAAUAAAUACUAUAUAACAGCAUGUUCUCAGUAGAAGUCCCAGUAGAUGUAGCUAGUAUAGUUGGAUAGAACAAGGCACAGUAUCAUGGUAAAUUUAUGGCAAUAAGAGCUCAUUACAAACUGAUUUUGUAUUUAACCCCUAACAGGCCAGGAUUUUUGUCUGCCUGACAGUACACCACUAAAUCUUGAGGAUUUCUAUUUAAGCAUUACAUUAAAAGCUUUUAUGUUUGAUAAGUGACUUUUACAAAAAAAAGCAUAAUUGUAAUUGUAGUAGAAAAUAUAAAUAAAUGUUUAAGUAAAUCUGCUUAAGAAAUGUCAAAAUGUAAUGAAUAAAUAAUAAUAAAAAAAAUAAAUUAUUAAAAUAAGUUAAUUAAAAUGUAAAUUAAAUAAAUAAAAAAGAGUUUUGUAUAACCUACAGAAAAGGGACAUUAAUUAAGGGGUUAAUGUACAAAAAAACUAAAAGAUUUAUUAUUGAAAAAAAACACAAGAAAUAAUCACAAAAAUGUACGUCAGCGCAUGCGCAGUACUUUUAAGAAGCACUUAUCGAUGGGUAGCAUAACUCGACAGAGCACCCCGGCUGCUGCAGGUUUAUCAUUCGUGUUUACGACGUGUGCGAAGCGAAUCGCAUCGUCGUGACAUUCCGCAAUGAAGCGACCUAAGAUUCAAGCCUCUUAAUGGGACAUUCCGUGGCGCCAAUAAUAUUAUAUCAGCUGCGGAAAAAGACAGAAUUCGAGCGUCGCAAUGGGACCUAUUCUCCAAGAACGAACAGCAUCCACGCUCCUCAAGAAGGUCCAGGUUAAAGAGAAGGUUAGGAUGAAGAACGCAGAAAAUACUGGAGUCGUCACCAGCAACAAUAAAAAAGGAGGCAAGGUCAACCAGAGUCAGAAACCUCUGAAGAAAACAAGCUCAACACAUAAGAACAUCCUUCCAAUGCAGCAGCAAAAGGAACCCUUGUCCAGAGCUGAAAUAGGCCAAAAUGGAAACAGACCAAAGCAUGUCAAGAGUCCUACAGUUGGCACAUGCAAGAUUCUUGACACCCAAGGUGAAGUUGACCCGAGGCAUCCAAGAUCCAAACCUUCUCAUGCAGAGCACAAGGAGGAAAGGCAGAAGGCGCAGCCUCAGUCCCCGUACUGCAGUGAUGUGGAGCGUAGCUACGCAGCCCGGGAAAAGAGUCGCCGUGCUUUAUCACUGCCACUGGUUCCUCAGCCGGCCCUGCAUCAGAUGCCCUUGCAGAAGCACGUCCCUGACCUGGAGUCCCUGCGCCUCAUGGAGCACAGAGAGGAUGACACAGAUAGUGCCAGCGACCUGUCAGACUCAGAACGGCUCCCUGUGCUGCCGUCUCCCUGCACUCCGCCACAACUCAACCUUCGGGCAGAAGUCAUUAAUACUAUGGACCUGCACCCCCAAAUACCGGGCCCUAGGACAGCACAGGCAGAAAGCGACAGCUAUAGCUACCCAGACUUCCUGCCACCACCAUUCAAUACUUGGAGCCUGAGGCAGCUAGCCAUCUUUCUGAACACUGAAGGUAAACGUGCCCCACGGCCCAAACCAGUGGGGCAUCUUGAGAAGUACCUUGAACGUCUCCUGCAGCUUGAGUGGCACCAGAUUCAAACCAUGCAAGCUGAGAGUGGCAGGCCCACAGUCCCCAUCAUCCACUCUAAAGGCCGCGCUACUAUUGGUCCAUCGAUUGCCGGACACCACCGGCCCCACACUGCGCCGCAAACACGCCUAAGCUCCCCUAAAAGCUUCUGCCAGGGCCAGCGGCCCUUUCCCUUUACCCUCAUCUCCUCCCUUGGCAGCCCAUCCUCUGGUCAGCUCUCCCGUCCCGUAUGCCUCCACUGCCACGUCCGCUACCCACUCUGCAAUGGCAACUGCUCCUCCUAUGCCUACCAGCGGCACUCCCGCCUCAGCCCCCUGCUUGAACGCAAAGCUCCACCCACCAUCACCCAGAAAAGAAGCAGCAGUGAGAGCCGGGCCUCAGCCUCAGAGACCAGAGGAGCCUGUCAAAAAGCUCAGAAUCCCAUCAGCCCACAGACAGGGAAAAGCCACCAGAAACACAUACAGGCUGUAGGAAACAUGCGCAGGGCUUCGCAGGAACUUGCAGCUAACAGCAAAGGUCAGCCAUUGGCCAGAAAAGGGCUCACUAGCAGGGCAACUGAGGCAGACAGGCAGAAAGAUCCUGUGGGAAAGAAAAGUACGGGUGAAAUAUAUGGGAAAAGUGACAAGCAGACUGUCACUGGUAAUAAAAGAGAGAUUGGUGGUUCAGGAAAAAGAGGAGAAAAAGAAGGGCUGUGGACAGAGAAUGAAGGAGGAAGUGGAGCAAAGGCUAGGGCUAAAAGAGUGGCCAGUGAAAGUAAUGGCUGUAAGGGGACCUCAGCUACCAGGGCAAAUGGUAGAGUGAAAAAUGUCCAAUUUGCCAAGUAAAAAGAUCGUAGAUCUCACAUGUUGUUGAUCAAAAGCAUACUCUGCACUCUAAGCGCACAAUAAGUAAUAAAUAUAAGCAGUAGUUCCUCCAGUUUUGGUUUAGGUAAUCAUUAAGAUGUGAUUGUGCAAAAAAAGCAUUUAGUUAAUAUAGAAGAUAUUUACAGCAUAAAAAUAUGUUGAUUUAGUUACGUUGCUUAACUUUUUUUUUCAUAUAUUAUUAAGUGUGUACUUAAGUUGAGUAAGUUAUUGGUACAAAGAUAGUUUGUAAACACUUACUUGAAACACUGAUUUUACUUUAAGUUUGUACAUUUCAGGUUUGCUGCAGAUGUGAACAGCUUUUGAAGUGUCUGAACCUUUGCUAAUCUGAUGCAAGCGGUGUGUCAUUUACCGUCCGUUUUGAUUGGUACUAAUAUUGGUAAAAGAAUGUAUAUUUUUGAGAAGAAUAAUGAAUGUUUUGUAAUGGCUACAUGUAUUUUUGUAAUGUGUUCUGAAUAAGGGCUUUUCUUUGUUUAGUUUAAGCAAUCUAUUUUUGCAAACUAUUUAUUCUUAAUUUAUUGCCCUUGUUUAUUGUUAGGUUACAUAGAUUUUGCCUGCCAUAUGUGUGGACCUUGUAUUUUUAUUUUUUGGCUAUAUCAAAGACCAUUUCACAUUAGCCACAUUGCAGUUUUCAUAAGAUGUAGUGGCAUGGUCAGCUGUAGAAAUGUCAAAUGAACAUUAUUUGUUUACAGACAGUUUGUGGGGAGACAUGUUUGGUAUGAAAACAUGGCCUUUUUAUUUAGCAAUUCAUUUUCUAGAUUCAUAGCAUAUGAUGGUUCAUUAAGUCUUAUCAAGAUUGCAUGUGUUCAUUUUUACCAGAACAGUAAUGGUAGUGACUGGGUUAUUGUGUAGUUUUUUUACAUAAUACUUGUACUUGAACAAUGUACUUGGAUGGUGCCUGGUGGAGGUAGUACAUAAUACUGUAUUUCUGCACUUAAUAUAUUUAGCAUCAUUUCAUUGUUGAUGUCACUGUAAACGUAUCAAAGGCAUUCAUGCAUUUAUGUGGGUGUUUGGGGGGCAUCCAUGCUCAAAUACUUUACAAGGAUGUAUGUUUAUUUUCAGUAGAAUUGAGUGCAGCUAUUUUUAUGACAGCAUAAAGUUUUUCCAUGACAUCAUCAGAA